AUGAAGCAGCACUGGAUCAUCUUCUGCGCCGUCCUACUCGCUAUCAUCGUGAGCGGCAGUCUGGCCAUCGGCUGGGCAUUCCGCUUGAGGACUUUCAAUAUCGCCGACCCGGGCAGCACUGACUCUAUCGUCCAGCUCUCCGCGAACAUGAUCAACGUGGACCCGAUAGGGCAGCAAAUGACUGUGGAUUGGAUCAUCAAUUACGAGUGCGAGUCAAUCGGGUGCCCUGACGUGAACGUCUACUUUGACUCGAACACACUGAUCACAGACCCUACCGACUCGCGAGUGCAAAGCAACGUCAAACCGGACCCUAUAUUCACCAUCGACGGCGGCAACGUACUCGCGAAGAGGAACAACACAGACAGACGAUCGAGUUCACUCACAUUCCGGACCAACGUUGCGAUCUCGAACGCCAACACGCACCGUACGCUCCAGUCUUACCCUUUCGACAAAUAUGAUACUGAACUCGUGUUGUUCGCGGAGGAGGCGAUCACAAAUAACUCUGUCAGCAUCGCUAUCGUGAAGACGACCGGCAUUGCAGUUGGCUUCAGCGUUCAGCUUCAUAACACAACCAAUGACAUGGACAGCUUCGGCACGGUCAUCAAAAACAUUGAGGUCACCCGCGGCGCCGUAGUCAGGCUUUAUGCUAUCUUCAUCGUCCUCGUCAUUUGGCUCGUAACGUUGAUGUUCAUGGCCAUCUGUGUCAUAAGCGUGUUCUUCGGGAAGGGUAUGUCCUCGGGGGUCCUCGUCCUGCCCAUGGGAACGCUCUUCGCGUUCACGCAACUCCGCUCGACCCUUCCCGGAGCACCUGUAGGCUUCGGUGCUGUGAUCGACUUCAUGGGUCUUUUGCCGUGUCUCGCCAUCCUGACCUUCUGCUCCGUGUUCAUGACCGCCGUCUUCUUGCACCGCAACCCGGAGCACGAUGCCCCGCGCUGGCAGCGGGCUCAGCCCAGGGAGGGGCGGCGGAGCAGCUCCUAUCCUGUUUGA